AGAACCGUGACACGUCAUCAAACGCCACCGCGAAGAGGAUUUGUCACCUCUCUCGGCAACCACGGCGGCCUCGUCGGAUUACUUUGGCCACAAAAUGAUGGAUCGGAUACCGUCGCUGUCGAUACCGGGCCUAUCGCUGUCCCAUCCGCUGUCGAUACCGACCUCGCAAGCUCUCACGAAUCAAUCAUCGCACGCGGCGCUCAACUCGCUGAAUCUGCACACGCAAAACCUGCACGGCGUUGCGUCAUCUGUGAACGCCCUGCACGGUUCACACGGGAUUGGCGGUGGCGGAGGAGGAGGGGGUGGGAGUUCGGGUGGGAGUGCGGGAGGUGGGAGUAGUGGCGGGAAUGUGGGGAGCCUUGGGGGGAUAUCGGUCAGUGGAGCAGGUUCCGGAGGACACGUCACGACGACGGCACAGGCCGUGGCCGCGGCUGCAAAUCUACAUCAGAAUGUUGGAGGACUUCUCAACGGAGGCGCGAAUGGCAAUGGGUGA